AUGACUUUCUACCAGCACUUCUCACAGGAUCUGCAGAAUGCAGACGUGGAUACCUGGAUGCGAACACAGUUUCUCUUCGCUGCAACUCUUGUCCACAAAGUAUUUCACGCCUAUAGCAAGUGGCUCAAUUUAGAACACGACGAUCCACUAUUUCGUAGAGGAGACAUGGAAGCCGAGCUCGGAAAUUCCUGGGAGAGGAAAGUUUUGGGAUACAACUGCAAUCCUGUGUUCCAUGACAUCGCAAGAUGCGAAAUGCUGCUGUCCAUGAAAGCUAUAGCCUACCGAGAGGACCGAAUGCAGCCUGAGAUCGUCCGGAAAUUGAUAGGAGACCAUCCUUUCCACUUAAACCGCAUGAACCCUGCUCACUACCAAGGCCUCUUUCAGAUGCAGAGCUACCGCGGGGGCGAUUUUUACACCGUCGGAACAAUCCGCGCCGCAAAUGGAUUAUUGCAAUAUCCGCUCUGAGCUUGGACUGGGUAGCUUCGCGGUUCGAUCAAAUUGCAAGGGAGGUACGCCGGGUUCAUUGGCGAAACACGGACAUGUACCUACCUACACUUCCACGAAGCUUUGUGUUGGUGUAUCAAAAGAAAGGCGAUGUCGUUUGGGUGCAUUAUCCGCUAGAUCCGAGGAUUGACGAGGACAUUGAGUGGAUACCAGUGGC